UCAGUUGAUAUUUGUAACCAGUCAAGUUGAUAUCUACAACCCGCCUUGUCAUCAACUCCGGCUCAAUCAAUAAGCCUCCACUGUACAGUAAGGUCCAUUAUCGUAAAUAUAUUAACCUCUGCUUUUGGAACACUCCAGCCUUGAUUACUUUCGUCAUCGGUCAAUUCGGAGUCGUUAUCCCGUUUCAUCACAAAAUUGGCGCAGUUGGUAGGAUACCGACUCAGCCAUUUCUCAAGACCCCGAGUUUGUGGAAAUCGAAGAAUUGACCCCACCGAACGGACAUCAUCAUGCCCAGGUAGUACACACAUUCCAAAAUUGUGUAUCGUCCACGAAAUAGUUCGUCGAUCCUAGCCCCAGCCACCCGACUACAAGUACAGGUUCACUUCAAUCAUCAACAUGGCACACGUAGACGAGCAGGACGUAGUUAUUCAGAAAAUACGAGAAAUGGAAGGCGAAAUUAACGCACUCAGACAACAGAACCGUAAUCUGAAACACGAAUUUGAGAAUGUCCAACUUGGUCAGGCCAGAGGCCAUGCCCAACCUAAUGACCAAUUGCGAAUUAGCCUACCCAUUCUAAACAAAACUACAGACAGAGACUAUUACCGCUUUGAAACCACAGCCAAAGCCGUUGCUUCAGCCAAUGGAUGGACUGAUCAUCAAACGAUCAAAGCCGUGAUUGUCAGCGUGAGAGAGGAAGCACUAGAUUUGCUUCGACCUGCAAUCCGUGAUCCAUCGGUCUUUAGAACCAUCAACGACUUUUGGAAUCGUGUUCGUAAGCAAUUUGUCUCUCCUGCCCAUCAACAGAUAGCCCGCACAGAGUAUCAAAGGAGACAUCAGAGACCACGGGAGGACAUCAGUACCUUCCACACUCAACUCCAUCAACUAUGGGAAGAUGCCUAUUUAGAAGGAGAUGAGCCUUGGAGAUCUAACUUACAGAUGCCAGAACCUUACACAGGAGCACGAGCCGACCCAACAGGGUACCGAUCAGUUAAGCUUAUUAAUCAGUUUCUCACAGGCUUGACGGACGACGAGGUCCGCAAGAGCAUCAAGGAUGCAGCCAGCCUUGGGCACAGUAUCACUACAUACCCAGACGCCCUCACGCGAGCACUUGAAUUUUCCGCUAAUAAGGAACAAACUCGCAUGGAAAAAAGACGAUUAAUGGCUGAUCAUGGUCCAUCAUUCACACAGCGCAAACCAGAGUACUUCCAACCCCGUGAUCGAACGGAACCAAUGGAAGUAGGGAUUAUCCAAACUCAGUCUUCAGCCGCCCCAAAAUGGUGUCGCUACCACAAGAGGAAGUCUCACAACGACGAAGAGUCCCUCGCCCAGCAGCGACGGCCACCCAAAGAGUCACGGGCACAUGACCAAGCAAGGAGAGGAUGAGCAGCCGCCCGCACCCUCCUUUGAACAAUGGAACGAACAAGAAGCUUCGGAACCACACAAUUUCUUUGUCGAUUCCCAUGUCAAUCUCGUCAAUCGGAACCCAGCGAACCAAGUACCCGCCUUCAUCAAAGUGAAGAUUGGGAAGAGUAUCACACAUAUGCUAGUGGAUACUGGUAAACUGACAUACAAUUAAAUUGAUCACGAAUUGUUCCAGCGAGCAUACCCAGAUCCCGCUAAGCGCCCUAGUAUCAAGCCGCAAACCGCCCCGGUCACUGCCGCCGGACUCCAGCCACUGCAAGUAGUGGGAAUGUCCAA